CUCGGCGCCAUGGCGUCGCUGCUGGACACGACGAUGGAGGCGGCCGAGCCCGAGCAGCACGCGGCGCAGAGCAACAGCAGCAGCAGCAGCCACCACCUGCUCUCGACGUCUCCGGCCGACGCCGAGCCCGAGACGGACGCGCCCGAGGACGAGGACGACGACGACGAGGACUUCCACUUCAACGCGCCGUCCUACUACGACCUCAAGAACCCGGCGCUCGAGCGGCGCUACGUCAACAACGCGGACGGCUACUUCUCGUCGCCCGCGCCGUCCGCCAGCUCCUCGUCCUUCAAACUUAAUAAAAACUCCAGUAAAAGCUUUGAGGAGGAGAUUGAGGCUGACAACAAUGAGGACAUGGAGGUGGACGACAUGAACGCCACCACCAAGAUGCUGGACACGACCAUGGCCGGCCCAGAGGAGGAGGAGGAGGCAGAAGAAGAAGAAGAAGAGGAGGACGUGCAGGAGGUGAUGAACAGGAGCAACCUGCUGGACGACCGGGAGGAGAGCUUCGAGGAGGUCUUCAGGCACUACGCGUCGUCGUCGCAGUCGUCCGCCACGUCCUCGUACCUGCUGCACGAGCUGGACACGUCCACCCACAGCUCGACCCACGGAGGAGCAGGAGGACACUUCUCCCCUCACAGCUCGCAGACCUCGUCGUCCUCUGCAGCGUUGAGAGCAGGAGCAGGAACGGACUCGAGCGCUGGACCGUCCAAGAGCAGAGACGGCGUCUCGUCCAAGCUCAUGCAGCCCACGCAGUCGUACUUGAGACGCCUGCAGGCCGAGCAGAGGAUGAGGGAGCAGAGCUUCAUGGAGGACGUCCCCGUGGAGGAGAAGCCGCACCGCGUCACGCGCCCGAGAAGCCCCAAGCUGCACUCUAAGCCGCGCUCGAGCAACCCGAAGGACCCGUCGCGCAUGAGCAGUACCAGCAGGGAGCUGCUCAAGAUCCAGGAGGAAAGACUGCACCUGCAGCUCGAGAAGCUCAAGAUCCGAGAGUUCCACGAGAAGACCAAGGUGCAGCGCCCACCCACCAACGUGCACCAGCGGUCGACCAAGCAGCUCACGGUCCCGCAGACGCCGCACUUCCAAGUGGAUAAUCGAGUUCGUCGCUUGCACAGUAACAGUGAGAGCAGUGUUGGAAGUGAUGGAUCCGCGAAGGAGACGGCAGAACCGCCCAUUGCUGCGGAGAAACUGCUGUCUCGAGAUUUCUCACUUCCGGCGCCGCCACAUACCCGGGAAACUCGGCACGCGUUGACGACACCACACUCGCCGCAGCUCCACACGGCUACGCGUGCAGCUCACCGCCCACCACCAGCUCCACUGUCGCGUGAGGAAAAGAAGCCCGCUGUGACUAGUUACAGUCGCCCGAAAUUUGGUGGUCUUACACAGCCAAUGACUCCGCAGCUAGAAACAAGUCGACGAGCAGCUACGCAUCGCCGGCCAGUUGAAGUCGUCGAUCACGACGCCGAAGAGUUGGCCAAGAAAUUUCACGCUCGGCCUGUGAACAAGAACAUUCUGCAGCCGAAAUCGUACCCUCGGUACUCUCCGGCGAAAUCGGACAGCAAAGCCCGUUUAACUCAGCCAGUGGCACCGAAGCUGCCGACUAGUGCACGUUCGGUAACCCGUCAAAGCGCAACGGAUCGAGCUGCUUCAGUCGCCGCGGAAAUGGAGCGUCACCGUAAAGAGCGCGAGCAACGAAUGAAAGCUCGUCAAGCGGAUCAAACUACUCAGCUAAGAUCGGGCCCACCGUCUGUCCGUCGCCCUGUGAUCCCGGAAACCCCACCGCUCAAAAGCAUUCAAUUGCAUCGGGAGUACCAGGAGAACUUCCGCCGCAAGAUUGAGGCUGAAGAGGAGGAGAAAGAGAAGCAGCGCCAAUUCAGAGCACAGCCAAUGCGUGUGACGUCGACUCCUGCUAGAUUCGAGGGAUCGACAAAGCCACUGACUGAGGUGAAGCCGUUCGAGUUGCCUGGAGAACGCUUCCACGAGCAAGCUCGCGAGCGCUUAGAGCAGAAGCGCCGGGAAGAGGAAGAGCGCGCCGCUGCUUCAGGAAAUUUUCGCGCGAAGCCCAUGCCAGUGUUCGAGUCUGACAGCGUCCAAGUAGUCUCCAGUGCCAGGCCCCUCACUCAGACUGAGUCCCCCAUGCUGGCAACUAAAACCCGUGCGGCAGAACGCGCUGCCUUUGAGGCGGCCGAGAAAGAGCGCCGCGAGCGAGAGGAAGCGUUCCGUGAGCAACGAGAGCAGCAGGAGCGUCAGCUGAAGGAGGAGGAGAUCAAGCGCAUGCGCCGCAAAGAGAUGAUUUUCCACGCGCGGCCUGUUCCAGAGGUCAAACCGUUCCAGCCGAAGCGUGACACCCGGCCGCUGACGGAGCCAAUUAACCCAGUUACGCACUCCUAA